CCACACCCUGUACUCAAGUUAUGAUGCAGUUCAUGGGUAACAUACUGUUGCCCUAUAUUACCAGUGCAGCUCCAACACAGUGGCUUCAUUUGAGCUCAGAGGUCCUUGAGGAAGAAACACCAGCUGUAACGGACUCCCUGUCAGCGGAAGGAGAAUGAUGGCAGAGUGCGGGGCCGAAAGCGAGCAACCUCAGAGGCGUCUUGGUGACAAGAAGCAUAAAAACGGAGAACUCACAGACUCAGAUCUUCCAGAAGAGGAGAAGAAGCAGAGAGACAGGGAAGACCAUGAAAGCCUGGUGUUAUGGAAGAAGCCUUUGCUCACACUUUACUACUUCUCCCUGGAGCUGUUCAUCACUCUUAAAGGGUGGAUGUGGAGGCUUUGGCAUCAAAGACAGACAGUGUUUGGACUUGUGAUGCUGCUUAUCCUUCUCUCUAUUGCUUACCAUAUUGAGGGACCACAUCAGAAGUACGUGCGCUACAUGGAGAAGAAGACGCUGUGGUGUGCCUAUUGGGUCGGCCUGGGUAUCCUCUCCUCUGUGGGUCUUGGCACUGGCUUGCACACCUUCCUGCUCUACCUGGGACCUCACAUCGCAGCGGUGACCCUGGCAGCCUAUGAAUGUGGUUCGGUGGAAUUCCCUGAGCCUCCCUAUCCGGACCAAAUUGUCUGUCCCCAACAGGAAGCACCGACAUCCGGCCCCGGUGCCGAGCAGGUGGAUGCGGGGGCAGACGGGAUGGUGGGCCCAGCGGGCCUCCAGGGAAGCAUCUCCCUCUGGACCAUCAUCUCAAAAGUUCGUCUGGAAGCUUGUAUGUGGGGCGCCGGUACUGCUAUAGGGGAGCUCCCUCCUUACUUCAUGGCGCGGGCUGCCCGCCUGUCCGGCGCUGAUCCAGAUGACGAAGAUUACCAGAAGUUUGAGGAAAUGCUGGACCAGACCGAGUCCGCCCAGGAUUUUGGAUCCCGAGCGAAAGUAGCCGUCCAGAAGCUCAUCCAGAAGGUCGGCUUCUUUGGGAUUUUAGCCUGCGCCUCUAUCCCGAACCCGUUGUUCGACCUGGCCGGAUUAACGUGCGGACAUUUUUUGGUCCCCUUCUGGACGUUUUUUGGUGCGACGCUGAUUGGAAAGGCUGUGAUCAAGAUGCACAUUCAGAAACUGUUUGUGAUCAUCACCUUCAGCAAGCACAUUGUGGAGCAGAUGGUCUCUCUCAUUGGGCUUCGUCAGCCAGCAAGUUGAUGACAUAAAGCAGGAAAGACUCAAACUCAUCCAGCGGAUGCAGGACUGGAUCAGGGAGCUUUCCGGUGUUUGGCGUGCCGUCUCAGUCCUCUCGUUUGAUCUGGAGCGAGACGCUGCGUCGAGGCUGAGCCGCUCGCUCGUAUGUUUGUGGCAGUUUUUCCAGCCUUCAUUUUGAGGAAAGCUGCAGCGAUGAGGGCCGUCGGACUGAAGUGUUUGGGGUUCAGACUUGUUUACAUCAACUCACUAAAUGUUGGGGGAGAGCUGGAGGAUAUGGCUUAAAAAUAACAUGAAGUUUUUUGUGUAUUUAUUUUUUAUAACAGCCAAUUUAAAUCAAGGUUUUUCUUGCUUUCUUCUCUAAAAUAGAAAUUACAAAUGACAGAAAAUACUUUCAGAAAGUGGCUUCUAUUUCCAUCACCUUUCUUUGAGUUGCACGGCGAAGUGUUACGGCCCGGUUACGAGAAUGUUUAUUUAGUUCUGAGUUGAGUUGAAAUAUUAGCAGAAUGAAGAUGCAAUUUUACCAGAAAAAAACCAUCUUAGAAUUACAAGAAAACAUUUGUUUAAAUGAGAAAAAAGCUUCAAUAGUUAUCUGACGUGACAAGCUCAGUUCUUUGCACAAUCAUUUCUGAGUCCUUUUACUGAUGAUUUGUUUCCGAUGUGUUAAAAGAUGAAAUAUUUCUAUAAUGGUAAGUAUUAUCUAUAAAGUAUAAUUUCAUGAGAUUUUCAACAUUUCACACUUUAAUUUAAAAAUAGGACUUCAUUCACAUAGUGAGAAAACAAUACCAAACAAUCUUAGUCUGGCCCUAAUUCUUGGUCGCAGAGCUGACCUUAAUUCAAAGUCCAAAUAAACAGUCGCUGUAACACACAGUUGUCAAACAAGAUGGCCGCCGAGGGCGUUCUGACAUCACUCGGAACUAUGAAAACCCAAGAAGUGCAAAAAUCAGAAUUUGUUUUGGAGAAUCACAACUUUCCAAUAAUUAAAUUUUCAAAAUCCAGACAUUUUGAUUCAUCGAUAAAAUCAGGGACUGAUGUGAGUUCCUACAAAUGUUGCAGAGAGGGAAAAAAAAAAUUAACUGAAACGAUAUAACUAAUCACAGCAAUAGUUUAAUCUUCUCAGCGACCCUCACUUUAAAUCCAUCUUAUUGAUUGAGCCGGCCCAUCGCCACAUGCUGCAGGGCCUCUCUCUGUCAUACUCUGGUGGUGAAAGCAGAAAGGGAGAGUCCAAACCUCAAAAGCUCAACCAGCACAGACUGAUGUGUUGAGCCAGGAUGGACCUGUUGCCAUGUGAGUGUGUCUCCAAGGCAGGAGUCCGUUACCGGCACACUGGGCCGCCGGGUCGCUGCUCCUGCAGCACGAGGGAGGCCGUCCGCUUCAAGGGGUCCCAGCGGGACGCUCUCGUUACUGGGGUGUGAGGAGGUGUGCUGGUGUGAACUACCACACCAGAGGUGGGUACCAGUGAUGAGGUGCGGAUCUUUGCACGGCAGUUCCAAGUCGAGGCCAAAUCCACGUCUUUAAUUAUAAGUUUAAACAAGUUAAAACAAGUCGUCUUUUCUGCCUUUUGGAUCCCAAAAGAGCUGCUGUGAGUUUCCAUCGUCUUCAUUCAGCACCAAAAAGAAAACAUUUACCUGGAACGUUGUUUUGUUUUAUUAAAGCAAUCUAUAAAAAAGUGUAAGACUUUUUUUUUCCUCCUCCAAGAAGUAACAGCUCAAUGCUUUAUUGAAGUAGUUUUUAAUGCAAAUGUUGCUUUUCUGUUACUUCUUCAGUUUCUUUGUUGGAAAUCUGUCAGAAUUAGAAAAUAAAUCAAUAAAAUCUGCACGUACGUCAUGUUUCACACACUGUCACAACUGUGCAAAAUAAAAAUAUCUAUAAAAAUGCAAAGUUAAAACAUUUAUGCAUUGACAAAAACAUCCACACAAAAAGUUUAAUCUUUAGGAGACAUUUAGUUUAGUUCCUAACACCUUCAGUAUAACAAGAGCUUUAAAAGUGAGUAAUCCUACAACCUGAGGCCUAACCGCAUAGAAACUCACUAGAUUUUAAAAUAUCUUUCUAUUACUUAAUUAAUCUAAAAGUCUGAUUUUCCUACAUUUACAGUUAAAUACAAUUGAUAUGCAUGUCACAUUUAUAAUAAAAAACACUUUAAAGAAAUUGCACCAACAGAAAUGGAUUAUUUUCCUUCUUAUUCUCAUUACUGACAUCGAAAGCAUUCUGAAUAUUCAAUUUCUAAAUGCGUACAAAUAAACGGACUUCAUUUUUUUGUUACCACACAUAAGUUUUCAUUUUUCCAACUAUAUACCGAUAACCCCGACAGAUUUAGAUCCAGCAAAAUCCUUUAAUUUUACAAACACGUUUCUUCUGAUUGGAAGGAAUAAUAACUAUUUUGAGUGACCCAGACAGAUUUCUGACUUGAAUCUGAUGGAGAUCCUGUGGAGGGACAUGAAGAUCCCCUAGGAGGCCAGAAAUUUGGAGGAUUUAGAUUUCAAAUGAUCAACCCAGAGGUGGGGGGGGGAGGACAAAUCUCUUUACAUUUCAAAAGAACUGAGUAAAAAUAGUUUAAAAAAACAAAAAACAAAGAUUUAUCCAUGUGAAUUUACACAUUAUUUAAAAACAGCAUGGGGGAAAAAAAUAUCUAUACACUUUAAGCAAGAUUGUGGAACAAAAUGUUGGUGUUGCAACAAUCAAACCUUCAGCUUUUUUUCUUCCACUUCUAUUUUGGUGAUAUGUCUUUGACGUUGGAAAGCCUCCUUUCCGUCACCCUAACCUUAGCGACCUCCACAGAUUCUCCAUUAGUUUCAACAGAGUCACUCAAAAAUGUUUCUUCCAAUUUGAAGAUGUCAGUUUAUAAAAUGCUAAAAUUUAAGCAAGUGGAAAUUAAUGUAUAACAAAAAUAAGUCAAAUGAAGCUCUUUUGUUUGUAUGCAUUUAGCAACAGAAUAUUCAGUGUUUCUCAUGUCAAUAGUGAGCUGUAAAGAAAUAAAAAAAGAUCUCAUUUUAAUCAUCAGUACAGAAAGAACGAGGUCUGUUUCAGUUCGCACUAUUUAUUUAGAGUGUUUUAAAUAGAGUUUCCAUGUAACAUGCGUAAAAAUUAGAUUUAAUAAUAUGCAUUAUUACAGAGUUUGUCUUGUUUAAAAUGUUUAGCAUUAUCUAUGCAGCUUAACGUCUCUAAAACAGGGUGGACAGCUAAAGGUUUGCUGCAUGAAGCCUUUAACUCACAUGGUGUUAUUCAAUCAGGCGGCCCAAAUGCUGAUCUUAAAAGUUUUAUCCGUUCAUUCAGAGGAAAAUGUAGCAGACAGACAAUCUGUCUGACUUUAUAGAGUGAAUUCAGGGAACACUUCACCUAGCUUUCAGUAAUCCUCUUCGUUAAACCACCUCUGCUUUUGAAAUCAUUGAAAAACUUUUAGAACCUGCCUAAUUUGUUACUAAAGCCAAUGUUCAUGCGCUACGGUUCAUAACCAAAGCAUGACACCUAACCCGAUGACUUGUGCAGCACAUUUACACCUGUGGACAAAACUGAACACUUUAGCUGAAACGCAAAUCGGAUUAAACGAUUGUUGAAAUAAUCGCCAACUAACUUAGUAAUCAAUUAAUUGUUAACUGGGUUACACAGACUAUGAAGAAGGCCAUUUGCUGAAGGAAUAAUAUACUCAAAGCAGUAAUCAGGCCAAAACUAUAGAAAAUAUGUACUUUAAGAUAAAAAGGGUGAAUAUGUUUUACCCAGAACUCAAGUGGCAGCUUUAGCUUCACCUGAUUAGAUUUCUGUUAAAGAAAUUCUCCUAUUAUUAAUCUCCAGUUGUUAUUAAUACAAAAAUGAAUCGACAGAUUAUUCCUGCACUGUUGAUGUUUAGUCAAGCAGAAAGGCUCAGCUUUCCACAGAUGCAUCCUUUGCUACAAAUGAUCAAGCACACACACUGAAGAAAUGCGAUGCUGCGGCAUGUUAGGCAAUAAAAUGUGCAUUUUAUUAUCUACAGAAGGAGUUUAAUUAUUUGUCUUUGUAUUUCUAAUAUUGCAUGAAAAGGGUUAAAUUAAAAAUCUGCAAGGUGUGCCAAUUUUUUAUUCGAUAGAAUGAUAACUAAAAUAAUCAGUGGAUGCAACCCUUCUGAAUGCAUAGUGGUCCGGGGUGAAAAAAAAAAAAAAAAAUUAACAGUAAGUGUAGAAAAUUACGCAUGAAAAGAAAACAAUCGAUAAUUUGAACCGCCGUCAUCAAGUCAGACGAUUAUCCCUGACAGCUCACGUAUUUUUCUGUGCCUGAUGCAGACUGACGCAGGAGAAGAAAACCUUUUCUCUCUCUUUUUUUUUUGGGGGGGACUUUUUUCACGUUGACAAUGAUUCAUUUUGAACGGAUAACAAAAGCUGAAGUCUCACACCGUCGUGCAGCUGUUUCAUCCGAUUCUGAGGAGCCAAACUAACAUAACGUGCGGUGAUAGUGAGGUACAGUUGCAGAAAGUGUUUGAUGAAAAAAAGUUCUUGUAGGUGAUUUCAGUUAUUUUUCUUAUCUUUGGCGCGGCUUUUGAUCAGCAGUGGGACAUGACCUCGUUCUGCUCUUGUUUUUAGAAGGGACCCUGCUGGGAGUAGGUGUAGACUCUUUGAUUUAGCACAAGAACUGAAUCAUUGCAGUUUUUACAUUAUGUACAAUGUAAAUGUUGAGGUAAGAGACCAAGGUUCAAGGAAAGUAAUGAGUGGAUCAUUUCAACUUAUGUUGCAUUUUGCUUUGUUUUUUUUUUUUUAUGCCUUCAAUUAGAAAAUGAUCUGUGCUGCUUAAACCAAAAAUUCCUGGAGUCUAAAUGAAAAGAUCCAUUAAGAUUUGACAGUGUAAGCUCCUACACACACACUCAUUCUCCUUAUCUUUUUGUUCUUCUGCAAACAGAUAAGAAAAAUAAUUUUUUGCAACUGAAAUUGGUAUGUCUCGCGGUUAAACCAGCAGAAAACAACUUCAAUCUAAAGAAGAGAAUACAGUUUUAAUCACACAAGCUGUAGAAGACGUUUGUGGAUAAUUUUAUCUCCUUUUUCUCUUGUCUCUCAUUUCCUGUUUCCUAUUAUGCUCAUGUAUAAAUGUAUAAGUAGAGAACUGAAAUUGCAGAGGGUCAUGCAAAUCACACUGUUCUGGGUAUUCACACUGGUUCUAUUAUUUGUGUACACGUACUGAACUGGUGGUGUGUGAGGGGAGAAAGAAAAACGUCUGUUACAGCUUGUUUCCACUGACAUAUUCACCCAUCUUAAACACACACACACACACACACACACACACACACACACACAUAGCUCAUAUAGAAACAAGGUUCGUAUAGUUUCAAAGUGAAUGUGUGGCUGUCUUCAAUAGAAGCAACUGGGAGAUCUAAAAAUCACCUACCAUGAAGGGAUUUUUUUUUGGCUUUCUCUCCUUCCCCACAUUAACCUGGGGCAAUUAGUCGUCUUAAUCAGUCAGUUUCUUUUACAGAAUAGAAAAACUUAUAACUGAAAAUUGUGUAUUUACACUUACGCUCCUGUUUUCAUGAGUAAAGUCCUCCUGCUCGUUAAGUCUGCAGAAAGGGAGAAAUUUUAUCACUGAAAAGCGCCCUGACAAAGAUGGCGUUGAUCAGUCCUUCCACCGCUAGCAAAAACCACCUCCAGUAAGAUGAUGGACACCACAGUCGCCAACAGACUCUGUUACGCCGUCGUUACGUUUAAUGCAGGGAUCAGCAGGGGCGUCCGUUUUCCCGUCAUAUCCACUUCAGCUUCUGAUUAGACGUCUGUCCUGCUAAAUGAAAUUUGCUCAGACCCACAAAUGAGAGAAAAAAAACAAACAAACAAAAAACACCUUACAAUUACUUGUAAAUAUUAGGUUUUAAAAUAAUACUUUAUUUUAGUAGAAACUUUUGCCAAAACAAAACAAAAAAAGAAUGUUUGCAUUUUCUUCUGUGGAAUAUUUAUGUUUAUCCACAAUUAUGUGACAGAAUACUAAAAGACGGACAUGGUUUCUAAUCUAAUCGUGAUUAAAAAGAAGAACAGAAAAAUGUCAAAGUUUUUAAGAGCCAUAGUGGAAAGUUCAAAGAAUCACUGGAGCCACAGGCUGCAGACCCCGGCCUCAGACCUUUGAGUGUCUGACAGAGGGAAGCAGUGGGAGGUUUACCUGCGGGCCGAAAGGUCGAACGGCAGCCAUUAAAGAUGAUAUUUCAUUGGAUAUAUUUCCCGUAAUAAAAACUCAACUGAGUGACAAACUGUUUAUAUCUGUUUCAGGAUAUCACAAUAUAUUUAAAUGUAUAUUUUUAAGUGUACUGAAAAAAUUAAAAAGGUAAUGUGUGUGCAUUUGGAGUGUUGGAAGCACAAGAAUCACGAAGGAAUUAGUGAACAACAUCAGGGAGAAAACAUGUUUGUUUGAUUGUUCUGGUUCUGAUCUGAUAUUUUUAUGGAAGCUGUGCAAAAG